UCCUUGGCUUUCCUAACAACCAAAUCGAACUGUACAGCGACAGCCCGGACCCGUUCGCCGUAGGGCAGUGUAUAAAUGUACAGAUUAUACUUCAGGCUCAUCGUGGCUGUUUUACACGAACUGAUAAGAUGUGCAAUAUUGGCAUUUAACGUUUCUAUUUUAUGUCAUUGUUCAGUUACUUGAGUUUUUGUAAGUUUUUGAAAGUUUAGUAGGCUACGCUUUUAUAAAGAUCCGUGUUUUUGUUGUUGUAUAAUGGUAUUAUUGGGUUACCGGGGUAUAGUAUUGAUACAAUAUUACCACUACAUGGCCGGACCGUUUUGAUACUGUAGCUAGUUACUGUUGCUCAUUGAUAACAUAGUUAAGUGACUGUAAAAUCAGUGGCCAAUGUUGUUCUAUCUUAAGGGACGAGGUUGCUAGCUAGCUUUGCUAACAGUGUUAUUGUUAAACCUCUAGCUGGCUGGUCUAGCUGCACAUUAUCAAGCAAUAAAACACAUGCGGGAGCACUGAUUUUAUACUACGAGUGACGACUUUUUUUUAAAGGAAUAUGGAAACCACUGUUGAUGUAAACCACAUUUUCCCUGAAAGGAUUACAGUUUUGGAUCAAAACCUGAUUGCAUUAACAAAAUCGCUGGGAAGGUCAGAUCCUCAAUCUUUAAUUGCAGCAGUAAUUGAUGAACUUGGAAGAUCCUCAGCCAAGGCCCAAUACUUGACAGCACCAAUCACAAGUGCAUCAAAGCUGCAGACCAACAAGCACCAUCUCUACCUGCUGAAAGACAGAGAAAGCAAUGGAGGAAGGGGACUUGCAGUGGGUUUUCUAAAGGUUGGCUGUAAGAAGUUAUUUCUGCUUGACCAGCGAGGGGCGCAUGUCGAGACAGAGCCUCUGUGUGUCUUGGAUUUCUUUGUGACACAGCACCUUCAGAGGCACGGCUACGGACUGGAGCUGUUUAGCUUCAUGCUGCAGCACAAAAAGCUGGAGCCAGUGAGGAUGGCUUACGACAGGCCCUCCCCUAAGUUCCUCUCUUUCCUGGAGAAGCAUUACGGUCUGAAAAACGGUGUACCUCAGGUCAAUAACUUUGUGGUGUUUGAUGGUUUCUUCACCAACAGAUCAGCGGCCCAGUUGAGAAAGGAUCCCCCCCAAAAGCUGGACGGAGAGAUCAAGCCCUACUCACUAACACAGAGAGGGGCUGUGCGAGAGGAGCAGAGGGCUCUCCCCUGGCCUUUGUGUUGCCCCGCGGCUCCUCCCUUCUCUCGUCUGUUGUCGGUAUCCUCCCCGUGCUCCCCGAGCAGGGCCCGCCAGUGCCCCAGCCCGGCCCUGGCCCCAGCACCUGCCCCUGGGGGCUACAGGGGCCCGGCCCCCAACCCCACACUCAUCGGCAGCCUCAACUACAGGGUAAAACGCCCCAGCCAACAGGGCCUAGUUGCCAGGGGAAACCUCUACAGUCGCUACGUCAACACCCGGGGCUUUGGGCUGUUGUUGGAGACCCAGCAGAACACCUUCAAACUGCCAGGUUUGACACCAUUAUUGAGAGAGAGAGAGACUGACACAGGGGGACAGACAGACCCCCUGGGACACACAGACAGGUCCCUUCCACCUCUCUCCCUAUCCAGGAAGGAGUUGCUCUGCUCCCAGACCACCAGAGAACCAGACAGACAGGCUGGGAUGGAGACCAGGGUGCUGGAGAAUAGGCUCCGGGUGGGGGUAGGGGGAGAGCCCUGGCCUGGGAGGGCUGGAGAGAAAGGAGGUGGGCCCCAGGUGGUUGAGAAGGGGCCAUUGGGGGCUGAGAAGGACAGGGGGAGAGGAGGCUGGUCAUGGACGGUGGGAGAGAGCUGCUGUAACACAGCUCAGUGGGUCAGGCAGAAGCAGGAAUAUAACAACACCAGACCCUGGUGACCCACAUGGAAGACAGACGGUCUGACAGGAAGAAGGACAUAGAAGACGGGCUGACUGACAGAUGGAUGGAUAAGAAGCAGGAGAUGGAAGACAUACUGACUGACAGACUGACUGACGGAUGGAUAAGAAGCAGGAGAUGGAAGACUGACUGACUGACUGACUGACUGACUGAAAUACUGACAGAUGGAUGGAUAAGAAACAGGAAGUAGAGAGGAGAAAGAUACCGACUGACAGACUGAUUUAAUAGAGAUUUAGAGAAAUGGACUGUGAGCUCGAGUUGAGAUAGACGGGAAGACGGCCACAGCCAAUCCCAUACCCACUUCCCUUCAUCCCUCUCACCUGAUCACUGGUUAGUGGUGCUAUGUUUGCUCGACAGAACAAGUGAAGGGUUUGGUUGGUGUGCAACAAUAGUCAGCCAGAUGUCACAGGAUACGUCCCAAAUGGCACCCUAUUCCCUUUGGGACCUGGUCAAAAAUAGUGCACUAUAUUGGGAAUAGGGUGCCAUUGUCGCUCUGGAUAAGAGCGUCUGCUAAAUGACUUAAAUGUAAUGUAAUUUUGGGUCAAAAGUAGUGCACUAACGUAGGGAAUAUGGUGCCAUUUUGGGUCAAAAGUAGUGCACUAACGUAGGGAAUAGGGUGCCAUUUUGGGUCAAAAGUAGUGCACUAUAUUGGGAAUAGGGUGCCAUUUUGAGUCAAAAGUAGUGCACUAACGUAGGGAAUAGGGUGCCAUUUGGGGGCUUAGACACAGUCUGCGGGUGUGAAAUGGUGGGUUACAGUACAACGAACAGAAUGUAGCAGUGAAUACUGAGUACUAGUCAGUAGGUUGAUGAUGGUAACGAGAACCACAACUUUAGAGACCUACUAAAUCUGUCACAUGUACCAGCAGCUAUUCACUUGAAGCACAAAGGCAAUGGAGCCAUCCAUCAGAGUUGACACGUCAUUAAGAUGUUUUCAAUGUAGAAAUAAAUGGCCUACACUGAUCACAGAAAGACUCGUCCCUAAAUGUUGUUGGAAUCGCUUUACUUGUUAUGUCUGUGUUAUUUACCCAUGUAUUGAACAUAGAUUUUUUUAUUUUACCUUUAUUUAACCAGGCAAGUCAGUUAAGAACACAUUCUUAUUUUCAAUGACGGCCUGGGAACAGUGGGUUAACUGCCUGUUCAGGGGCAGAACGACAGAUUUGUACCUUGUCAGCUCGGGGGUUUGAACUCGCAACCUUCCGGUUACUAGUCCAACACUCUAACCACUAGGCUACCCUGAUUACAUUUUAUAACCUAAAUGUUGAUAUAGUGCUGUGUUUUCCCUCAUGUCCUCUCUACACCCUUGAACCUCCUGCACUGCUCUCUACUGGCUAAACCCGGUACUGCAGCAUCACGAGAACUCAACAGGCAGUCAGUACAAGACAGGUUUGUGUUCAUUCGGCAACAAAACUGAAGACAAUUUAGUUAAAUGGGGUGGAACAACUUGGACUUGUCCAAUAAGAAAUGGCCAUUUUUGUUUUGCUUCAAAAACGUUUUGUGUAACGUUUAUAGUUUGUAUAGUGUGCCCUAAUGAACACAACCCUGCUUCCCCACACACAUAGAUAUCAUCCCCAAAACAUUGGUGUCCUGAAUACAUAUGUUAAACAUUCACUACUAAUGCCGCGUUUACCUUUAGUCGAAACUAGGUAACUCUUGACAUUUCCGACUUGCUAACUGGUUGACAUUCAACCAGUUAGCAAGUCUGACAUUUCAGAGUUUCCUAGUUUCAGACAGCACGUGAAUGCGACAUUAGUACCGUCAAGCUACAACAUCAGAAGCCCCACCUAUACUGAACAAAAAUAAACGCAACAUGUAAAGUGUUGGUCCCAUGUUUCAUGAGCUGAAAUAAAAGAUCCCAGAAAAUGUA